AUGUGCCACUUUCGGGUCUCCUCACACUGCUGCCAGGUCCAUACUGAUUCAUGGCCCCCUGCCUCUGUAUGGCCUUCAAUUUAAGCUGCUUACGCUUCGCCACACUGCUGCCAUGGGCCCCUGUACUGCCCUCCUCUUGCUGCUGCCAGGUCCAGAGUGUGUCAUGGGUCCCUGUACGGCCUCCCAUUGCUGCUGCUGACUUCAUCGCCAGACUCUGCCAUGUGCCACUUUCAGGUCUCCUUACACUGUUGGUGGGUUCCAUUUUGUGAUAGGGUGCUGUAUGGCCUCCCAUUGCUGCUGCCUCCACCGCCACCCUGCGCCAUGUGCCUCUG